AUGCAGCUGCUCCCGGCGUGGAAGGUGGUGCUACCAUCGGGUGUCAAGGCGUGGCCGAUCUUUGAAGAGGCCUCGCGCGAGUCGAAGGGCAAGAAGCCUCUGGAGGACAAAACGGAGGUGGAGCAGCUGCAGGAGGGUGAGGGCAACUGGGUGGAGCUGAUGGAGGGCUGGGUGCAGACGAAGAUGGUCAUCGGCGGACGCGAGAUCGAGGCACUCAAGCCGCAGCCGCCGUGGGCCCCGGUGGAUCCGCCUAAGAAGACGCAGAAGACCAAGGGUGCCAAGGUGAAGGUCAACGCAACAUUCGAUGUGGAGUUCUGCGAGAAGCACUCGUGGAGCUUCGAGGACAACAACAACCUAGCGGCCUGCCAGAGCGGUCCGACGCUGCUGACCAGCGCGGAGUCUGCCAAGAGCGGGGUCAUCCAGUGGCUGCUCAAGAGCGAGGAGGGCUCCGAGGCCUUUGAGGUCGGGGUGGUACCCGCCCACGAGGUUGAGACGGGCGACUACCUGAACACUCAGGGCAAGUGCGGUCUCAAGAACAACCACUCCGCGGGCGGCGACCAGAAGCCGUCCUGGCCCCUGUACAACAAGUACAUUGAGGUCAUCUGUGAUGUCGAGAGCAAUAAGGUUACGUUCAAGGUGGGCGACAAGAAGGACCAGAUGCAGGAAGUCAAAAUCUUGGAUCUGCCGUACAAAGAGGAGGUCAAGCUGGCCGUCACGGGCUGGAACGAGACCAACAUCCGUCUCGAGCCAUACGAGCGCAGGAAGGUGGGCGAGGACGAGUCGGAUUCUGACUCGGACAUGGACGUCGAGGACGAGGAGCUUUUUGCCACGGCCUGCGGGAACGCGGUGCAGACGAACACGUGGCACGUGGCGACCCUCUGUGUGGAUCUGGAGCAGAGGCGCGAGAUGAUCCUGUACCUGGACGGGGAGCCGCAUCUCCACGCGCGCGACUCGGACCUCCUGGCCCCGAACGGACCCUUCAGCAUCAACACCUCCGAGGGCGUGGUGCUCUUCGGGCGCCGGCGCGCGGGCAAGAUGGCGGAGAAGGCGUGGCGCCAGGGCGGCCACCUGCGCCAGAUGCGCCUGGACUCGCGGCUGCUGGACGUGUCGGAGGUGUGGUCGCUGCAGCUGCCGAAGGGCGUGUGGGGCUGCCGCACGUGCAACAGCCGCAACGCGGUAGACGCCCGCGUCUGCUGGCAGUGCCACGCCGCGAGGCAGAAGAGCGCUGUGCGCCCGCCCAGCGACGCGGACCCGCGCCACGAGGGCCUCACUGUGCUGGUGGCGGACUCGUUCCGGGAGCUUGUGCUCGAGUCCAAGGAGCACGUGCUCGUGAUGGUGCACGCCCCCUGGUGCGAGGCCUGCCAGACGGUGAAGCCACACUUCUACCGGCUGGCCAAGAUGCUCAAGGGGUCGGACAACAUCCGGAUCGCUAUGAUGAACAACGACGAGAACGACGUGAACAGCCGUCUGUUCCCAGAGCCUUUUAUCCCGAACGUGAAGCUGUUCCUGGCUGGAAAGAAGGGGUCGCCGCUCACGUGCAACACAGAGAAGACUUUCGAGGCGUACGUCAAGUUCCUCGAGGACCACACAGACGUGAAGCUUGCAGAUUCAGUCGAGGAGUACUACCCCACCUACUGCACCUCCAAAGAGGUUGGCGAGCUGAUCGAGGAGCUGCGAGCAUCGGUCAUGGCGCACGAUCUCAAGCUCAUGAAGUCGAAGAAAUCGCCACACAGCACGGUCGCUGCUUUCCUGCACUCCUACCUGCUGGACUCCGAGUUCUACCGCUCUGGCUCCGCCCUGCAGGCCACGCGCCUGGGCGGCAUCGCGGAGCCCCAGCCGUCCUUCUCGCGCCAGGCCACCCCGCCCGCCACACCGACCAGCGGUGGCACUGGCCCUGCGGUGAUGGUCCCUUUCGACGUGGGCACGGCGCCGCCGAUGCCGCAGGGGCUGAUGCGGGAGAUAUCCGGGGCGUCCAGCGUGCCGCCGGGGGGCCCUCUGUCCCUGCAGCGGUCCUCGUCCAACCCGGUGCCCACGGUCCUGCGCCUCACCCGCGCGCUCUCUAACCCUCUGGAGCAGAACGAGGACCCAGCCAAGCUCGAGGAGGAGCUCAAGCGCAGCCACGCCUCGAAGCUGCUGGACGUGCUGGCGCAUGUGGAGCUGAAGAAGACCCUGCCAGAGAACCCGCGCGAGUUCCUCCGCGACUUCUUCCUCAAGGAGGCCUCCCCGCAGUACAGGCACCAGAGCUUCUACAACGCCCGGACGAGCGCAUUCUGGCGAAAGCCCCCCGCGGCCCGACGGCUCACCGCAGCGGUGAGGAUCCUGCGGAGCGUGCAGCGGUGGGUGCGCAAGGAGCUCGGCCGUCGCUACGGCAAGAUCGCCGGCCCGCGGCCGCCGUGGGCGACGGCGAUGGUCACGCCCAUGACGGCGGCCGCGCUCCGGAGCAACUGGCGCCGCGUGGAGGAGGCGAUCUGCAGGCCGCAGGACAACCGCCAGGAUGCCAUCCGGCUGCUGCAGGUGCUGCUCGAGCGCGGCUUCAGCCCCAGCGGCGCUCCCUUCGGCAUCACCCCCUCGCUGUUGGCGGCGCUGGCUGGGAACCUGGAGGCCAGCCAGUUUCUGUUCGUGCGGGGGGCCGAUCUGCACGUCAUGGGCGGGGUGAGAAAGGAGCAGCAGCUCAUGCCGACAGACGCGGCGGCCGCCUCCGGCUUCCUGAAGAUAGUCGCUUUCCUCGUCGAGAAUGGCGCGAGCCCCGCCAGGUCAUUGCAUUUCGCAGCCGCUGGGGGCCACGAGGAAUCCGACGUCUGCACGUAUCUGCUCGCCAAGGGCUGCUCCCCCGAUCUUCGGGCGGACAAGGGCCUGUCCUCGUUCACCGUGGCGGUGCUGGCUGGUCAGGUCUCCUUGGCCCAGACACUGCUACCCUACUGCUCCCCGGCCAUGCUGGAGGAAGGGCUGUCGAACGAGGUCUGCUACUUCAUGGGCCUUCAGGGCGGCUCGACCAUUCUGCACCUCGUAGCCCACCUGGGCGCCACACGAGAGGUGCUCAUCAGGCAGCUGAUAGAAAAGUGCCCAGCCCUGGUCAGCCGGGCGAACUGGGCGCAGCAGAUCCCCGCCGAGAUCGCCCCUGCGCUCCUGCGGCCGUCGCUGCAGCCGCGCGCCCUGGCCGCCUUCGAGGCGCUGGCUCGGGCCUCGUCGGGCAGCCCGGUCGCGGAGCUGAAGGAGCUGGCGCUGCAGGAGGUGAUGGGCGAGGUGCCGAAGGGAGACGCGGACGUCACGAGUGAGGUCUGCGCGGUGUGCUUGUGCGGCUCCUCGGACGAAGACCCGCUGAUCCGCCUGAAGUGCAGCCACUGGUUCCACAGGGACUGCCUGGGGCAGUGGCGGGCCGUCGGAAAGAACGGCGCCUCCUGUCCCUCCUGCCGCGCCCCGCUGCCGGAGCCCGCCUCGAGGGCGGAGGCGGGCGGCCCGACGCUGCUGGAGGUGGCCGCCCUCAGCGGCGACGCCCCCGCGGUGAGGAGGCUGCUGGCCGCCGGCGCGGGCCAGGAGCUGAAGGCGAGGGACUCCACCAUCACGCCGCUCAUGUGGGCGCACUGGCGGGACGCCACUGAGGUGGUCGCAGUGGUGACCGCCACAGGGGCGCAGCUGAGCAACGGGGACCUGGAGGGCCUUCACAGGCUGCGCGAUCUGGAGCGCAGAAACAGUCCCAAGUCCGAGGAGCAGAAGCCGGCCAAGGACGGGACAAGGAGAAGGAGAGGGAGAAGGAGAAAGACAUCGGCCUGGCAGGCCCGCCAGGCCCGCUGGAGAGGACCAUCAGCGACGCUCAGAUCAGCGAAGACUCGGAUAAGCCCGACCCAGACAUCCUGA